AUGCUUAUCCAACAUUAUUCUCUUAUGAUGAAAUCAGGACAGGUCUACCCUCAUCGUAUCUGCCCACUCGCAAAGCCUGGAUUCGAUGCAUUAAAUAUGUCAGCACCUGUAAUGGUACAAAUGAACCCUGAUGGUAAAUGGGAAAGUAGUAAGCCUGAAAAUUUAGACGAAGAACGUUUGAGAGCAGUUGUCCAGCACUUACUGAGCUCGAAGGCUGUGGCCGCAGCUCAAAGUUAUUGCUGUCAGUGUGCUAAAGAUAGUCAGAAGGCAGGUGGAGGCAUGUCUAGUUAUGUUCCUGUGAUAAUGAUGCCAAUUAAUCCUGCUGAUCAAUGCCCGUUUGAUAUGGAAUGUGAAGUACAAAAACUCAAGGAAGCAGAUUCUAAACAAACAUCGAAGAAAACUAAAACCGGAAAGAUGGAAGCAACAAAAUCAGAUUCCGAAAAAGAUAAGGACAAGAAGAAAUUAAAAAAGAAGGGCUUUGUAUUACAACGGCUUACCGAUUUUGAUUUACUGUCUCAGUGGUAA